AUUAGGUAGUCCUAGGUUAAUGCUAAUUGAGGCCUGUGCAGCCAGCCGUUUCUACAAAUAAUUCAAAUGCUCUGAUUAGACAUUUUAUUCAUUCAAUUGAAGGUUCAAUUUGUAAUUUAAUGCUCAGUUGGGACACAACUCAGCAAACACUGGGUCCUCGGGACCGAGAUUGGGAAACACUGUUUUAUGUAACUUGCUUCCUACAUUGGUACAUACCUGUUAAUUAUUAUGAACUAUGUGAUUACUGUGUUUAUGUUGUUAUUAUAUAAACUGUUUUCCUUGUAUGUCACCUUGGAUAAAGGCCUCUGCCAAAUUCAUGUUAAUAAAUUAACAUUUGUUGUAUGGGAAAGUAUUUGAAGUCCAUUUAGCAUUUGUCACAUAUUUGCAUUUAGUUAGAUAGUAAAUGUAUCACAUUUGUAGUAAGCAAAUUCGCAAGAACAUUGACAUUGCCAUUGGACUCAUCAAUGGGGCAAUAGGGAAGCUUCAAGCUGUUUCCUACUAUCUGGAAAACACAAAUAUGGUCAAAACCAGAACCAUCAAAUUUAACAAUGGAGUCACCCAUACCUUUCAACGUUUACGCUCAAAGUUUGAAAUCAUGGAUAGAGUCUACAUUAUUCGAGAUCAGUUCCCAGUCAUUGGUGCUCAUGCAAUCACCAUUCAUAAAUGCCAAGGUAUGACUCUAUAAACAGUUAUGAUGGAUCGUGGUAACUCCAUUUUCUCCUAUGGACAAAGUUUCAUUGCACUUUCCACAGUUACUUCCUUAAGCGGUAUGCUUGACAUGAUUGGCCUAAUUGCUUCUCCUAACUUGGACUUUUGUGUUUGAUAUCAUCCCUUUAAAUGGCUGUUGCGUUUUUCUAACAUGUUUUUUUAACUUGUUUCAACAGAUAAAAUCGUAUGAUAUUAUAAAUUUAUUACAAGAAAUUCUGUGUUCCUUCAAUAGUAAAGCCACUACUGUAUUUAAAUUGAUACAUAAUUAUUUUUUCAGCAGCUACUAAACAGAAUCCCGUGUGCUGCCAUGGACAGUGUGAAGAUGGAAUCUGUCCAGAUUAAAGAGGAGUUCCCUGAACUUGAACUGGUCCCCAUUAGGGUGGAGUUCUCUGGGCUGGCUUCCCUCUCUAUUAAACAGGAGCUCUGUGAGAUGCAAUGUGACACCAGUCAGCCAGAGGUCUCUGAGAUUAAAGCAGAGCACAAUGAAUUGGAGAUCCCGCAGACAGAAGAACCCUUUCCUGUUAAACAAGAGGAGGUGCUGGAAACUGACCGUAUUAAACAGGAGCCCCCUGAAGUAGAGUUUGAGGACAUGGAACCAGUGAAGGAAGAAUCCGAGGACUUCAAACCAAACAUCCCUGAGCUGGAGCCUGUACGCCUGCGGGAGUGUAGCGUGGUGCUGGAGAGAAUCUGCGUGAGAGAGCAAGGCGCUGGAGAGGAAGGCUCUCCCAACAGCAUGCAAGGAGGUGGAAAGGAAGACGGACGAUCACAUUCAGAAUGCAGUCUAGCAGGUACCAGUCCAGCAGCUAAAGCGAGGGCGGGCGCUGGAGAAUAUCCUGACUGUGGGAAAGGGUUCACCCAGUUAGGGCAUUUUAAAAUACACCAGGGAACUCACACAGGAGAGAAACCGUAUCUCUGCUCUGACUGUGGGAAGAGUUUCAGGGGUUCAGGAACCCUGAUAACACACCAGCGAAUUCACACAGGAGAGAAACCGUAUUGCUGCUCUGACUGUGGGAAGAGUUUCAUUCAGUCAGGACACCUGAAAAGACACCAGCGAAUUCACACUGGAGAGAAACCAUUUCGCUGCUCUGACUGCGGGAAGAGUUUCAGUUUUUCAGCGUACCUGAAAACACACCAGCGAAUUCACAAAGGAGAGAAACCGUAUUGCUGCUCUGACUGUGGGAAGAGUUUCAGUCAGUCAGGAGCCAUGAAAAAACACCAGCGAAUUCACACUAGAAAACCAUAUCUCUGCUCUGACUGUGGGAAGAGUUUCAGCCACACAGAAUCCCUGAAAACACACCAGCGAAUUCACAAAGGAGAGAAACCAUAUUGCUGCUCUGACUGUGGGAAGAGUUUCAGCCAUUCAGGAGCCAUGAAAACACACCAGCGAAUUCACACUGGAGAGAAACCAUAUCUCUGCUCUGACUGUGGGAAGAGUUUCAGUCACACAGUAUCCCUGAAAGCACACCAGCGAAUUCAUACAGGAGAGAAACCGUAUUGCUGCUCUCACUGUGGGAAGAGUUUCCGUUUUAAAACUAACCUUCAUACACACCAACAAAUUCACACAGGAGAGAAACAGUAUCACUGCUCUGACUGUGGGAAGAGUUUCCGUACUAAAAAUGACCUUCAAGUACACCAACGAACUCAUACAGGAGAGAAACCGUAUUGGUGCUCUGACUGUGGCAAGCACUUCCGUCAGGCAGGAGCUCUGAAAUCACACCAGCGCAUUCACACCGGAGACAAAGCCCAUGUUCAUUCAGAAUGAAACCUUAACCUUGCAUUAUGUGUUCCUGUGUACUGUUUUGCGUAUCGCUCUAAGAGCUUGAAUUUUAAAUGGUCAAAGUGCUGUUCAACAACUUGCACUCUGAUUGUGUCAGAAAGUAGGCGGAGACGCGGACACGUCACAAGAGGCUUCUCUGCUGUCAGUUUAACUCAGGCUGUCAAUGCAGUCAGUGCCUGGGAGCGGGAAUAUGCAGAAAGGAAACUAUUCUGCACCUCAUCUGAUGGACGAGUCAGGAGAAAUUGAUAACUCAGUGUGGGGAAUGAGUUUCAGGGUUUAGCAUUUAAACUGCAUAGACUUGAAAAUAAAUACAUUGAUGGGAACGAGUAUCCCGUCCCCGGUAUGUAGCAUCCCAGAGACAAGACUGCACCGUCCUUACUGGACAACCGCCUGGAGGGUUUGUCUUGUACAUUUUGUCACGUUUCUAGAACAAAUGAAUCAAAUCAAUGAUUGAAUAUUUUGCAAUGUGCAUUGUCCAUGCUUUUAUUUUACCCUGCUUUUGUAAACUGCAUCGUAUAAUACAAGUGUAGCACGCAUGUGUACGGGUCAUAGGUACAGAAACUCAGACAGGUUUUAUACCAACUCUUUCUUGCUCUUUUGCAGUGUUGGACCUUAAGAGUCGCUGGACAAGAGAAACGGGUCAGUGUAAUAUCUGAUGGAACAAUCUGACAAUAUGAGACGUGUAAAUAUUUGAAGCGAUCUGGUUAAUUGUGUAACAGGUGCUGGAAUGAAUACAGGAUGGAUAAUAACACUUGUAACGGUGUUCAGUUUAAGGGUCGUGGAUUCUAACUGAAGGAUAUAGAAUUAAACAACAGAUUGCUAAAGAAUGAAUUAUGAUUUCGUAAUAUCCUAUUAGAAUUUACUGAGAUUAUAUUUCUUUCCUGGCUCCUAUAUAUUCAAACAAUUCUACUUGCAUAUCUUAUUCAUGCUAUUUUGCUUAUUGACACAAGAACAUUAUUGUUGUUAUUAUUAUUAUUAUUAUUAUUAUUAUUAUUAUUAUUAUUAUUAUUAUAGAAUGACAAAUAUAGAUGAUUGAUCGAAUGGUUGCUUUUACUUAUCAUUGAUAUUUUCCAUUGCAUCUGAAAUAGUACCUGAAUAUUAUCCAUUGCUAAACUUCACGUUGUGAUUAUUGUGAUACACGUGUUCUUUCUUCCUUUUGUAGCGUAUCACUGAACUCACUUUGAUAAAAUGGAUCAUCUAUAGAACAGUGUCGUGGUGUUAUUGUUCCACUGGGUUUCAUUUUCUGGAUCUUGAGCUUUACAUGCAUCAGCUGGUUCUUCUUGGUUGAAUAUUGUAAAUGUACUGAAUUAUCCCUACAGCAGUAUUUACACUCAGUGACAAAUAACAAAUGAAAAUGUAGCUUAGCUACGACUAGUGAUGGAUGAAUCUACCAUUACAGAGCACAGGAUAAUAUACAAUGCAGUGUGGUAAUGGAAUCAGCAUGGGGGGUCUGUAGAUUACAGAGCACAGGAUAAUAUACAAUGCAGUGUGGUAGUGGAAUCAGCAUGGGGGGUCUGUAGAUUACAGAGCACAGGAUAAUAUACAAUGCAGUGUGGUAAUGGAAUCA